UUCCUGACUAUUAGCCCCUUGCAGGAUAGGCAACUCAUUCACCAUCACCCCUGGCUACAUCGUUAUUGCUUUUCGGGGAGGAAUAGGGGCCCUGCAAGAGGCUACAGUUCAUCAGCUAGUCUUCCCACAAGGAUAGAGCUUCGUAACCCCAAUCCCAAUGUGUCUUCAUUGUUCCGCCAUUAGCCUUAAAAACAAAAAGUUUAGUUGUUGAUAAGGAUUUCCUGGAUUAUUUUGUUUUGUCAGAUAAUAAUCAGCGAACUACAUUUACAAGGAGAGGUGUAUGAAACGCAAAAGGACUUACAGCAUGGACUUAGCAGAUACUUCAAUGCUGGUGGAGCGAAACAAGAAACCUAAUGGUUACGAACUGGUCAACUCAUUCCGAGUUGGGCGGCAUGAUCCCACUGAUUUGGUUGAACUUGCACGUGAAAUUCAGCUGGCGGACAACACGGUGCGCUCCACGGCCUGCGGCAAGCUGCAGGUGAUCGCGGAGCAGGUGCGCUUCCUGCAGCAGCAGGCGCAGCGCGUGCUGCAGGAGGCGCGCGAGGACCAGGGCCGGCACCACGCGCACUGCAACUUCAAGCGCGUCCCGGGCCACAUCUACCACCUGUACUGCAAGGCGACGGGCGAGCAGUACUGGUCCAUGCUCUCGCCCUCCGAGUGGGGCGGCAGCGCGCCGCCGCAGGAGUACCUGGGCUCGUUCCGCCUGGAGCACGACAUGUCGUGGACGCCCUCGGAGCGGCUCGAGCAGCGCUCGCACGAGCUGGCGCAGCUCACCGGGCUGCUGGACGGCCACGACAACAUCGGCCGGGCGCUCAUGAUGGACACCGGCGCGCCCUGAGCACCUGCACGUACCCGCCGAGCUGCUCCCGGAGAGCGUCCGGGACCACUCGGCACCGCCUGCUGGCUGUACCGCGGCUGCGCGGGCGCGGCCGCACAAGACUGCGUCCAGUCAGAGGUGGACCCACCGCGUCGACAACACACCACCUCACGAUUUUAUGACACUUUCCAGGCGAUGUUGUCGCCGAACCUCUGUCGGCGGAUGGACUGUUAUGAAGCCAAGGUUCCUUGUGGACAUAUGUUGUGCCCAUAUUGUGAUAUUUUAUUUAUAAGUGAAGAGACCUUAAAUUACCUGACCCCCCUA